CGGGGGAGAGAGAGGGAGGCAGCAUCACUGCAGAACCUCUCAUUGAUAAAGUAGCAGCAGUGAGAGCCGAAGGACUCAAUCACAGGAUUCUGUCAGACACACACACACACACGCUGAAACACACUCUGACAUGAACACCUCCUUCCUCUGGGAUUCUGGCUUUAGUUCAGAGAAACACCUGUAACUGCUGCUGCACCACAGAGACUGCAGCAGAACCAGGACCAGGACUAAGACCAGGACCAGGACCAGGGUUAAAACCAGAACUAAAACCAGGACCAGGACCAAAACAGGGACUAAAACCAGGACCAGGAUUAAAACCAGGACUAAAACCAGGACCAGGACCAGCAGCAUCAUAGAGAAGCAGCUGAUGGAUGCAGAUACAAACUUAAACAGCAACAGGAGCUGCUGUCCUCCUCCUCCUCUCUGUGACUGUUGAUGCUCCAGUGAUCUGUUUCAUCGCCUCCUGUCUCCUCCUGUCUCCUCCCUCCUCCUCUCAGCUCCUCUCAUCUCUCCUCUUCGUGCUCAGCUGUCCGUCAUCCUGGGAUCCACGGAGGUGACCGGAACGCCGCCGUCGGCCAUGAAGACCGGAGGAGGAGGAGGAGGAGGAGGAGGGGAGAAGACGGCCUCCUUCUCCUUUAAGAAGUGCUCAGCGUUUCAGUUCGUAAAGAGGAAGGUCCGUAGAUGGAUGAGGAACCCGAAGGUAAGCGUUGAGAAGUCUCAGGGGAAGAACCUUCUGUAUCCGUGUCCAAAGUGUCCGCUGGCCGAGGACUUCUGGUUCCACCACUUCCCCUCUCCGUACGGCUGCUGCCACUAUUCAGGCCUGCAGGGAGGAAACUUCUACCACCAGGAGCCCUGCUCUCCAUGCUCUCCAUGUUCUCCAUGCUCCCCAUGUUCUCCAUGUUCUCCGUGUAGACCUGCUGCUGGACCAAACCCUGGAGACAAGAACAAGACCUGCAAGCUGAGGAAGUGGAGGAUGUUGUCCCGUCACCAUGGCGACGGCGCGGUGAAGCAGAAGGAGGCGGAGCCAGACGUCCACCUGUGUGGCUGUCAGUCCUGGGGGCUCCACGCUUCGCCCCUAUUGGCCAGUCCGGUGAUGCUGGAGUGCUCGAUCUGCAGCGGUCCGUACAUCAGCUACGCUCUGGAGGACACCUGGCAGCCACGGCAACGCACACAGGCGAUGGACCUUUACUACCACAAUGAGUCAGAUCCAGACGGCUACUGUUGCCCCGGCGACGGCACUUUUAUGAAACAGAGGAAGAUGGGCCUGAACGACUUGAUCCAGAGAUUCUCCACCAACGCCUACGGCUGCAAACACCCGGAGGUCACAUCCAUCCUGAACCUGAGUCCUCCUCAGGAAGCAGAACUCAUGAACACAAACCCGUCUCCUCCCCCCAGUCCAUCCCAGCAGAUCAACCUCGGCCCGUCCUCCAACCCGUCGGCCAAACCCACCGACUUCCACUUCCUGAAGGUGAUCGGUAAGGGCAGCUUUGGGAAGGUGCUGCUGGCUCGCCAUCGCACCGACGACCAGUUCUACGCCGUCAAGGUCCUGCAGAAGAAGGCCAUCCUGAAGAAGAAGGAGGAGAAACACAUCAUGUCGGAGAGGAACGUCCUGCUGAAGAACGUCAAGCAUCCGUUCCUGGUCGGCCUCCACUACUCCUUCCAGACAGCCGACAAGCUCUACUUCGUCCUGGACUACAUCAACGGAGGGGAGCUCUUCUACCACCUCCAGAGGGAACGCUGCUUCCUGGAGCCCAGAGCUCGGUUCUACGCCGCUGAGAUCGCCAGUGCCCUGGGCUACCUGCACUCGCUAAACAUCGUGUACCGAGACCUGAAGCCGGAGAACAUCCUGCUGGACUCACAGGGACACAUCAUCCUCACUGACUUUGGGCUCUGCAAGGAGAACAUCGAGCCCAACGGAACCACGUCCACCUUCUGCGGUACACCAGAGUAUUUGGCUCCUGAAGUUCUACACAAGCAGCCGUACGACCGGACGGUGGACUGGUGGUGUUUAGGAGCUGUUCUCUACGAGAUGCUGUACGGACUGCCUCCGUUUUACAGCCGAAACACGGCAGAAAUGUACGACAACAUCCUGAACAAGCCGCUGCAGCUGAAGCCGAACAUCUCCAAUGCUGCCCGACACCUUCUGGAGGGUCUUCUGCAGAAGGACCGGACCAAGAGGCUGGGCUGCUCCGAGGACUUUGUUGAAAUUAAGAACCACAUAUUCUUCUCCCCCAUCAACUGGGACGAGCUAAACGCCAAGAAGAUAACGCCACCCUUCAACCCCAACGUGACGGGUCCAAACGACCUGCGGCACUUUGACCCGGAGUUCACCGAGGAGCCGGUACCGAGCUCCAUCGGCUGCUCCCCGGACAGCACCCUGGUGACGGCCAGCAUCAAGGAGGCAGCCGAAGCCUUUGUGGGCUUCUCCUACGCCCCGUCCAUGGACUCCUACCUAUAGGACCGGACCGGGUCGGUUCUGAGGACUUUAUGGAUAUUUAAAACCAAACCCUGCAUCUGCACACACGUGUUCUCGACAUGUUCUGACUUCCUGCUCCAGACGUCUGACUCCAAGUUUGUGGAGGUUCUUGCACUCAGGCAGCCGACAAGCACACUCAUCCUCCAUCCCGGUAGUCCAACACCUCCACCUCCUACAACAUCCUCCUAGCCCAACAUCUCUAUCCUAGCAGCCUCCACCUCCUCCAACACCUUCAUCCUAGUCGUCCAACAUCUCCAUCCUCCUAGCCUCCACCUUCAUCAUUGUAGCCUCCACCUCCUAGCUUCCAUCCUAGUAGUCCAACACUCUUUAACCUCAUAGUCCAACACCUUCGUCCUCGUAGUCGAUCUCUAUCCUAGUGGUCCAAUGCCUCCACCCUUGUAGUCCAACACCUCCAUCUUCUUAGCCUCGUACUCCCACACCUCAAUCCUAGUAGUCCAACACCUUCACCCUAGCAGUCCAACACGUCAGUCCUGGUAGCCCAGCACCUUUGUCCUUAUAGUCCAACACCUCCAUCCUAGUAGUCCAACACUUUUGUCCUCGUAGUCCAACACUUUUGUCCUUGUAGUUCAACACAUUCACCCUAGUAGUCCAACACCUCCAUCCUAGUAGUCCAACACCUUUCCCCCAGUAGUCCAUCACCUCGAUCCUAGUAGUCCAACACCUCCAUCCUAGUAGUCCAACACCUCCAUCCUAGUAGUCCAACACCUCCGUCCUAGUAGUCCAACACCUCCGUCCUCGUAGUCCAACACUUUUGUCCUCGUAGUCCAACACUUUUGUCCUUGUAGUUCAACACAUUCACCCUAGUAGUCCAACACCUCCAUUCUAGUAGUCCAACACCUCCAUUCUAGUAGUCCAACACCUUCACCCCAAUAGUCCAACACUUUUGUCCUCGUAGUCCAACACCUCCAUCCUCGUAGUCCAACACCUCCAUCCUAGUAGUCCAACACCUUCACCCCAAUAGUCCAACACUUUUGUCCUCAUAGUCCAACACCUCCAUCCUCUUAGACUCCACCUCCAUCCUGGUACUCCAAUACCUCCAUCCUCAUAGUUCAACACCUUUGUCCUAGUUGUCCCAAAACUUCACCUUCCUAGUCCAACACCUCCUAGCCUCCAUCUCCACCUCCAUCAUCCUAGCCUCCACCUCCAUUCUAGUAGUCCAAUACCUCCAUCAUCCCAGCCUCGACCUCCAUCCUGGAACCCCUUCCAGCUGGUCCUGGAGUAGCCAGAUCACCCUGGUGCUUCAGUUUUUGGUUCAUUCCUGUUUAUUUCUGCACGUCUGACUAAAGGGAGUCCAUUGGAAGCUGAAUGUUACAGAAGGAGAUGUUUUCUUCUCAGAGGUGCCUUUUUGUUUUCAGUUCCUCCAUCCGCUCCAUCCCCAUCGCUCCACCUGAGAUGUAGCACUAAAGGUAGUCGAGUGUCUAACACGUGAGGAACUUUGAUUUCUUCAUUUGCACAUGAAGCGUCUUCCAUCACUGAAGCCAACAUUCCACUUUAAUAUUGUUGUUUUAUGGUAUUUAAGUUUGUUUGUAUAUUUGGAUUCUGUGUUCUAGUUUAAUGUAUAUCGAACAAAAAGACUAAAGGGAUGCUUAGAUACGUAAUGAUUCAUGUUCAAUGUACUGUAAAUUGUAAAAUUGUUUGAGAUUUAUGUGACCAUGUUUGGUUUGCAAUAAAAGUUUAACUUUAUUACACCUUAAA